AUGAUGAUUUUUUUUCUAGAGUUAUCUACGUGCUCGUUAAGGAUGCCAACGUUCACACAUCUUCUUCUUGAUAUAGAGGGCACUGUCACCAGUAUAUCCUUUGUGAAAGACGUUUUAUUUCCUUGUGCAUAUGAAGCAGUUGAGGACUUCGUUCGUGAGCAUUUCGAUGACGCUCCUGUGGCGAGGAUAAUUGACGAUAUUCGUCAAGUUUCCGAAAAAGAAUCGAAAGUGAAUAAUGAAAUAAGGUUGGUAAGGAAUACUAAAGAAGAAUGCAUUGAAGAUAUUUCUAACAAUGUUAGACAUUGGAUCAAAACCGACAAAAAGGUCACACCAAUGAAAACUCUGCAAGGACUAAUAUGGGAAGAAGCAUAUAGAAAGGGAGACGUUAAGGGACACGUCUAUCCUGAUGUGUUGCCAGCGCUUCAGUCACUAUCUUUGCCCACGUACAUCUAUUCAUCAGGUUCAGUGCUUGCUCAAAAGAAGCUAUUUGGUAAUUCCAUAUCCGGAGAUAUGACCAAGCUUCUUUUUGGAUACUUUGACACGAAUGUUGGUCUUAAAGGAGAUCCAAAGUCGUACACUAACAUUUGCAAACAUAUAAACGUGGAUCCGUCGCAAGUUCUGUUUCUCACUGACAUUGAAGCAGAAGCAAGAGCUGCACGAGAGGCGGGAUUACAGACAAUGCUUGUCGUUCGAGAAGGAAAUGCACCUUUAUCUGAAGAAGCUAUACGGGACUUCUCCGUAAUUCAUUCGCUCGGUGAGAUAGUAUGA